UUGACAAGUGUUUGUUCUGAACUCUCAAAGUGUCUCUGACAGAGGGCAAAUAUUUAACAUUUGAUAAGUGCCUAUUACCAAAAUACCUGCGUGUGUGUGUGUGUGCGCGCGUACGUAAGAGAAAGAGGAAGAGAGAGAGAGGGAUUAAUUCUAUUUUGGCUUAAAUCUCAAACUUUGGAGCUUCUUAUAGCUAAGCAUCGGAAGCUGACUUGAAGAACAGGAGUUUUAAUAGUAAGUACUCUUUUUUUUUUUACUCAGUAAAAAAAGUAUAUUUAUUUAGUAAAUAAAUGGUAUACUCAUGGACUCUUACACUUUGGCAGUGCUGGGGAAGAAUUACACAUACUCACCCUCCUUUGAUGAUGUCAACUGAGCGAAUGCAGCCCCUGGAGCUCUCAGAAGACAGACUGGACAAGCUAGACCCUCGUUGCAGCCAUUUAGAUGAUCUUUCUGACCAGUUCAUUCAAGAUUGUGAUCUCAAAAAGAAGCCAAGGAAGGGGAAAAAUGUUCAGACCACCUUGAAUGUUGAGUCUGACCAAAAAAAACCAAGGAGAAAAGAUACACCAGCCCUGCACAUCCCUCCUUUUAUACCAGGUGUGCUUUCAGAACAUUUAAUUAGAAGAUACGAGGUCCAAGAGAGACAGCCAAAGAAUAAAAUGAGUCCAGCUCUUCAUAACACUGACCUGGAACAGAAAAAGCCAAGGAGAAAAGACACACCUGCCCUACACAUGCCCCCCUUUGCAGCAGGUGUGAGACUGCUCAGGGACGAGAGACCUAAAGUGAUCAUGGAAGAUGAUGAAAAGGACAGUGACAAGAUAGCUAUUUAAAGCUAUUUCCCCUGAAACCACUUGUAAAUAGGUUAGAUUGGUUCCCUACAGUGACCUAGAAGAAAAAAUAGACUUGUGUCUGCUCUCGUUUUGUUAUAGUCUGCCUUUAAAUCCAGACACUUUUCCCCACGAGACACGCUAUAUCUGAUUGCCAGUUACCUUUGUUUCUCUCUUCUUCCUUAAGUCUGAUUUCUAUUCAGUGCCAUUCCCACCCUGUGAAUUUUCAAUGUGGAUUGUCCUAAAUUAGGAGGUAAUA